CCAUAUGCAUGAUCCGUCGGAGUACUCACGCAAUAUUGCAAUCAACCAUGUUUGUAAGUAAAUCUAUAUCAUAUAUAUUAUAUGACUGGUCAGAUUUCUGUUUUUCUAAUUACUACCAUUACUUUUUUAAAUUCGAUCAAGAGGGGAGUAUGUUGACAGUUUGGAUCGCUCUGACGCUCUAUUUAAGCAUUGGCUAUGCAGCAAAUCGUGACGUUAGGUUAAAGGUUAAUUGUUCGUCCUUGCUUAACAAGCAGCUGUUCCAUCGUCAUUCAAAUCUGUGGAAUGUGUCCAAGUCAAGCGAGGUUUUUCUUAAGAUGAAUUGCCGAAAAUUUGAUAGCACUCUUGCUCACAUUGAGGAUGAACUUGAAAACCAAUGGUUAAGAAAACAAUAUCCUGAUAUCAAAACAGCACAAGUGUGUCCCUUAGGCAAGUUCGGAUGGCAUUGUAAGUUCUCAUGUUUUUGUGCUGGAGGAGACUGUGACUCAGACACUGGACACUGUCCCUCAGGCUGUAAAAAUGAUCGUUACGGACCAGGAUGUCAGCUUCUGUCAGUGUACCGAUACUCCAAGCUAGCACAUGGUUACCUUGAAAACAUGGACAGAACAGAAUCUGGUAAACAAUGCGUGCAGGGGAACAGCACUGUUUUUGUUAAAUGUUACGGGCUACAUGCGUCGUAUUUUCCUGACAAAAAAAUUCCUGGGGCCGUAUGUCGAAACAUGCUGGACAAAGUUUUGAAUAGACUUGGACCGAAAGACAAAGGACCUUGGUGCUUUACUAACUACUCCGAGGAUUCCAACUUCAUGGAAUCAUGUGACCUUCCACUCCAAGGUUGUGACCCGGGGAAGUUUGGAGAGAUGUGUGAGUUUGAAUGCCACUGCAAAAACGAGGAACCAUGCUUUUAUCUCGGCAGCUGUCCCCACGGAUGUCACCCGGGCUGGAUGAACACCACGUGCCAGACAAAGUGCGAGUCUGGUCGCUAUGGUGACGGCUGUAACUCAAAUUGUGGAGAAUGCAAGUCAGGGCCAUGUAACAUUGAAACAGGAGAAUGUGAGGGUGGGUGCGCUGCAGGAUGGAAAGGAGCGCUAUGUAAAACAAGUGAGUAACAGGAGAAAGUGAUUGUCGUGUGAUUUUAAUUUGUUAUAUUUACAUUUUUCAGUGUCUUUGCCAAUGAUAACACUACGUAUAAAUUUUGUACUAUAUAGUAUAAUAAAUUCAAAAUACGUACA